GCUUCAGCUGCAGUCAUACCAGCGAGUCGCGACCUGACGGAGCAAUCUCAAGAUUCUGAUUUUGCAGCUCGAUUCGACAUCGUGGAGCCAUACUCGUGGCUGCCCAGACACCUUAGCUGAUACGGUGGGUGACGAAAGCUUCGAUAAAGUGUUCCGGGCCACGCCCAACAUUCAGAAUGCCAGUCGCCGCCUUACAGGAUGUCAAGUCGUUCUCAGGAAGGAGAGAUCGUCUUCCGGGCAAGAGUUGCGUAGGUAUUGAAGCCUUCAAGCCAAGUCCAUUCAUCGAGGUGGACGCUUGGUGGACAUGCAUGAGUGGCACUGACUAUGGUCACAUUUUCGCUGUACCUGCCUUUUGCUUGUGGGACGCCACGAGCACUAUGUGCUCGAGGAUGACUGACAAGACCAAUGGUGGCUGUACGGCAUACUCACUGCAAGCGAUUCGCAUUCAAUUUCGCUAUACAUUGCCGGACGAGCUCCACUGCUGUUUUUGGGCGUGCAUUCAGCUGUUCACAGCGCGCAACAUAUGGCCAUCCUGAG